AUGAUGCUGAACGACCGCUGGACCAUCAUGAACAACAGCAGCUCGGAGCUGGACAGCAAGCGGCCGGCCGGACGCAAGAAAUGUUGCAGCAUCCUGUUGUGGACGGCCGUCCUGUUGGUCGUCACGGCCGCCAUUGCCACGGUGACCGUUGCCGUCCUCUACCUGAGCCAGUACCCGUUGCCGUUCGGCAGGAGCGGCCCCGCCUCCUCCGUCAUCUCCACCAAUCCCAGAGAGUCGGGCGCCCUGGUGACGGUGUCCCGCGUGGCGGACGGCGAGCCCGUCAGCGUCUUCCUGGACCCCAACUGUCCCGACUUCACCCAGAACUUCGUCCGCUGGGAGGCGCUGCAGAGCUCGCUGCUCCGGGCGCUGUCCAAUCACAACGGGGACGACUGGCAGGGGCGGGGCCCCAUCCACACGGUGGCGGAGGAACUGAAGGCGCUGGCCGGCCACGCCCACAACCUGAGGCUGGAAGCCGAUUCGCUGAGGAGGGGACAGGGCGUCCUGGAGCAGCGGCUGGACGGACUGCAGGCCGAGCAGAACCACAUGGUCCAGGUGUUGACUGACAGUCAGGCGGCUGUGAGGACUCUGGCUGCAGGUUUCAGCGACUCCCUGAUGAACCUCCAGAGGGAGACAGAGAGUCUGAGGAGGACGAAGAGCCAGAGCACCCCAACCGCUCUCAGACCGAGACACUGCGGAGACAUCUUGGCGUCCGGCGUCUCUGAGGACGGAGUGUAUUCGGUGUUUCCUGUCCACGACCCGGACGGCUUCAUGGUGUAUUGCGACAUGAGGACGGACGGCGGAGGCUGGACGGUGUUCCAGAGACGGGAGGACGGCUCGGUGAACUUCUUCCGGGGCUGGGACGCCUACCGAGACGGCUUCGGGACGUCCACAGGGGAGCACUGGCUGGGUCUGCAGAGGAUCUUCUCGCUGACCCGGUCCGGGGACAUGGAGCUCCGGGUGGACAUGGCCGACUUCGACAACGCCACCGCCUUCGCCCGCUACGCCCACUUCUCCGUGGGCCGGGACUCGGUGAACCCGGAGGAGGACGGGUACCCGCUGAGCGUGGACGGGUUCUCCGGGACCGCAGGCGACUCCUUCCUCAAGCACUCCGGGAUGCGCUUCACCACCCGGGACCGGGACCAGGACCAGUCGGAGAACAACUGCGCGGCGUACUACCAGGGCGCCUGGUGGUACCGGAACUGCCACACCUCCAACCUGAACGGCCAGUACCUGCGCGGAGGCCACGCCUCCUACGCCGACGGCGUGGAGUGGUCCAGCUGGACCGGCUGGCAGUACUCCCUCCGCUUCACCGAGAUGAAGGUCCGGCCCAGGACCGGACCCCCGUCCUGAUCCG